GAGGAUUUUUAUCUUUUGUUGUUGUUUCACCUUUGAAUGAACUUCAUUAGUUUCAUAUACAAUUUUUUAGGAAUUCCCUUUUGAUUCUUUUUUUUGGGUAUUCUUUGAAGAUAACUUUAAACAUAGAUUACGUUUUUUUUUUGUUUUGAUUGUUUGGGUCUUCAUUGAGUUUAUGUAGUGACUUCUUUUUGUUGAUUUGUGAUAGGGUUUUUGUGUUUCUAAUAAUGGGUAUUUGAAAAAAAAAAUAUAACUUUUUCUCACCGAGCUUGUUUUCUAAACACACGUUGUGUUUUGGAUCAAGGGUUUUAAUAUAUUUUUGCUGGUCAAAAACAAAAAUAGUUAGUGUUUAAGUAUCAUUUGAGACUAUUAUGCAAGGUAGAACAAAUCAGUGUAGCCUAUAUUUGUCAUUGUUAUGGUAGGUGAAUAAAAAAUUGUAGCUUAUGUCUGUUGAGUCUGUUUACAUUAGUAAAGGUAUGUGCUUGCCUGUUUUAAUGUGUCUCAGGUUACUCAAUAUAAGCUUUGAAGCACUGACACAAACAUUGAAAACGGACAUGGCACCCACACUAAAAAUGAAUUAUUUGAACUUAAUGACAUGUAUUAGUGUCGUAUUGGUGCGUUGAAUUUGUCUACAUUAGAAAAGGUUAGUGCGUUGAGUUCAAUAGAUACGGUGAGAUUCUUCAACAUUUUCUUUACCAAUUUCAUAUUUAUAUUUAGUAGUUGUCUGUACAAAAUUAUACUGCAUGUCCAAAAUAUCAGAACGAUUACAUUCAAUUGUGUCAUUAUCUCAAAUUAUUAUGGAUGUCAACCUGUUUUCUCAAAUUAUUAUCAGUUGUCAACGUGUUAGUGUUGUGUCGUGUCGGUGCUUUACAGUGUAAUGAUGUUAUGGGACCAAGGCUUCUCCCUGUUUCAUGUGUAUUGUGUCAUUUUAGCUUCUUAGAUACUCUCAUUUGUCUUUAUCUUUAUAUGAUAUAACCACGUUGACUUUUUGUGAAGGACUUGAAGCGAUGACGACACCACCAUAUGAGAAGAAUCGACUCAAAAGAGUUGCAGAGAAUCAUAGAGUGAUAAAGGCUCUCAAUAUGCAUCGUCUCUCUCAGGAUCUUCACGAAUGCACUUCUCCAAAAUCAAAACCUUCAUUGAUGUCAGGUACAAGCAGAGGCAGGGGAAGAGGUAAUGGAUUAAUUGCAACUCGUCAACAUAUCUCAUCUUCCGAAACUAACCCGACAUCUACACCAACCUCGUCUGCUCAUCUUGAACCUAACCCAACACCACUCAUUUCACCACAAAUAGAAAAAACCCCUACAUCAACCACAUUUACUCAUCACCAAACUAACCCAACACAUACCCCAUCUGCUCAUCCCCAAACUAACCUAACACCUCUCGUUUCUCCACCAUUAAAAAAAACACCUACACCAAUCACAUCUACUCAUCCCCAAACUACGCCACUUAUAUCUCCAUCAUUACAAAAAACAAAUCAAUUUGCCCCAUCCGCUCUUCCCCGUACUAGGCAUGCACCUACAAUAUCUCAACCUUUGCAAAACACCUCUAUCUCUUUCCCAUCUCAUUUUCAUUCCCAAACAAGGCAUACACAAACCAUAUGUCAAUAUUUACAGAAUGCACCUGCAUCAUCUCAUUCUCAUGGCCAAACCACCCCUAACUAUCUUCCAUCUCAUUCCCAAAGUGGAACAUCUAUGGAUAUGCCACAAGAUCCUCCCGUUGAUAACAAUUCACAAGCAAAUCCAGACACAGAUACAUCAUCCUACACACCAAAUAACAUCAAAUGGGGGUCAAAGGAUAGAUCAGAUGGACGAAUUUGGAUAAGAUCAGAACUUGGAAAUAACUUUUAUCCAGAAGAGGUAGUGAGGAGUGCUAUAACAAAAAUUUUCAAGGAAAAUUUUGGUGGGGCGUGGUCAUGCUGGAAAGAUGCAAAACAAAAUGAGGAAGUACCGUUGCUUUGGUUUAAUGAUUUUAAGGCUAAAUUCAAGUGGCUUGCAAAUGAUGAAGCUAACAUUAAAAAGAGCUUUAAUAGUAGGGGGUCUUUGGCAUUAAAAAAUGCCUUGUUCAAGGUGCGUAGUGGUGAAGAUAAAGGUGAAUGGGUUGGUGUAGACAACUUGAAACAGUUGGAGGUUAAAUGGAAAGAAGAGAAAUGGCAAAAAAAUUCUUUGACUAAUAAACAAAACAGGCAGUCUAAAGUUGGGCACAAUGUGCAUAGUGGAGGAUCCAUAUCUGCUAGAGUGCAUAGCAAAAAAAUGAGAGUGGAAUUGGAUAGGGAACCAACAUGGUUUGAGAUUUAUGACAAACUUCAUAGACCAAAAGGGAAACCAGAUGGGUGGUUUAAUGAAACACAAGCUAAGAUAGCUGAAAUGUACCAAACUCAAAUGUUUGAGAAACACUCUCAAAGUGGUGAGAUUAGUAGUCAACAACCUACUGAAGAAAUUCACAAUGAUAUUUAUAUGGAAAUUGUUGGAGGCAUUAACAAGAAGGGGCGCAUAUUUGGAUUAGGAUCUCAAGCUGCUGUUGUCAAAGAAUCUUUGAGACCGUCACGCUCAAUUUCUACUGAUGUACCUUCUUCUAAAAAAGUUGCUGCUAUGGAGGCUAAGAUUGAAGCAUUAACCGCUGAACUUGAAAAGAAAAAUCUUGAACAAGAAACGCUAAAACAAAAGAUGGAGCGCUUGGAGCAAAUGAUUGGGAAUAUUGUGCCUAAUAUGAACACUUCAAUUCUGCCGGAAGGAGAAGGUGAUAAUGGUGACAACUAGAUAGAUGAACUUUAGCUUAAUUGGUUGCUUUUAUUUUGGUAUCUUUUGUUAGAUCAAACAUAUCAUGGUCUUUUAUAUUUUAGACAACUUUAUGUUAGUAACUACUAAGUGGAUUGAUGGUAAACUUAUCUUGGUAACUACUAGGUGGAUUGAUGAUAAACUUUAGUUUAGUUACCUUUAAUAUUUUGUGAUGAUAUUUUGUUUUUAUGAAUUCUCCUAACUUGAUGGGUAUCAAAAUAUUAUUGACAUUCUUGAAA